AUGAGGCUGAAGAUCGGGCUCCUCUUACGCAGUUUGCUGGUGGUGGGCAGCUUCCUGGGGCUGGUGGUCCUCUGGUCCUCCCUGUCCCCGCGGCCGGACGAGCCGAGCCCGCUGAGCAGGAUGAGGGAAGACAGAGCUGUUAAUAACCCCAUGCCUGACAGAGGGGGCAACGGACUAGCCCUCGGGGAUGACAGAUUCAAACCCGUGGUGCCCUGGCCUCACGUGGAAGGCGUAGAAGUGGACUUGGAGUCUAUUCGAAGAAGGAACAAGGCCAGACAUGAACAAGAGCGCCGCUCUGGAGGAGAGGACCAGAAAGACAUCAUGCAGAGGCAAUAUCUCACGUUUAAACCCCAGACUUUCACCUACCAUGAUCCUGUGCUCCGCCCGGGGGUCCUCGGUAACUUUGAGCCCAAAGAGCCUGAGCCUCCCGGAGUGGUCGGUGGGCCUGGAGAGAAAGCCAAGCCAUUGGUUCUGGGACCAGAAUUCAAACACGCAGUUCAAGCCAGCAUUAAAGAGUUUGGAUUUAACAUGGUGGCUAGUGACAUGAUCUCCUUGGACCGCAGUGUCAACGACUUGCGACAGGAAGAAUGCAAGUACUGGCAUUAUGAUGAAAACCUGCUCACAGCCAGCAUCAUCAUCGUCUUCCAUAAUGAAGGGUGGUCCACCCUCAUGAGAACAGUCCACAGUGUAAUUAAAAGGACUCCAAGGAAAUACUUAGCAGAAAUCGUGUUAAUUGAUGAUUUCAGUAACAAAGAACACUUAAAAGAAAAACUGGAUGACUAUAUUAAACUGUGGAAUGGCCUAGUCAAGGUAUUUCGAAAUGAGAGAAGAGAAGGUUUAAUUCAGGCACGAAGUAUCGGUGCCCAGAAGGCCAAACUUGGACAGGUUUUAAUAUACCUCGAUGCCCACUGUGAGGUGGCGGUUAACUGGUAUGCACCGCUUGUAGCUCCCAUAUCUAAGGACAGAACCACAUGCACUGUGCCUCUAAUAGAUUACAUAGAUGGGAAUGACUAUUCCAUUGAGCCUCAGCAAGGUGGGGAUGAAGAUGGUUUUGCCAGAGGGGCCUGGGACUGGAGUUUGCUAUGGAAGCGAAUCCCCCUGAGUCACAAGGAAAAGGCCAAAAGAAAACAUAAAACUGAACCUUAUCGGUCCCCAGCCAUGGCUGGAGGGUUAUUCGCCAUCGAAAGAGACUUCUUCUUUGAACUGGGUCUCUAUGAUCCAGGCCUCCAGAUUUGGGGUGGUGAAAACUUUGAGAUCUCAUACAAGAUCUGGCAAUGUGGAGGCAAGUUGCUGUUUGUCCCUUGUUCCCGUGUUGGGCACAUCUACCGUCUUGAGGGCUGGCAGGGGAACCCCCCACCCGUCUAUGUCGGGUCUUCUCCUACCCUAAAGAAUUACGUUAGAGUUGUGGAGGUCUGGUGGGAUGAGUACAAAGACUACUUCUAUGCCAGUCGCCCUGAAUCGAAGGCCUUAGCAUAUGGGGAUAUAUCAGAGCUGAAGAAGUUUCGAGAAGAUCACAACUGUAAGAGUUUCAAAUGGUUCAUGGAAGAAAUAGCUUAUGACAUCACCUCACACUACCCUCUGCCGCCCAAAAAUGUCGACUGGGGAGAAAUCAGAGGCUUUGAAACUGUGUACUGCAUCGACAGCAUGGGGAAAACCAAUGGAGGCUUUGUGGAGCUGGGCCCCUGCCACAGGAUGGGCGGGAAUCAGCUUUUCCGAAUCAAUGAAGCCAAUCAGCUCAUGCAGUACGACCAGUGUUUGACGAAGGGGCCUGAUGGAUCCAAAGUUAUGAUUACACACUGCAAUCUGAAUGAAUUUAAGGAAUGGCAGUACUUCAAGAACCUGCACAGACUGACUCACAUUUCUUCUGGAAAGUGCUUGGAUCGCUCGGAGGUCCUCCAUCAAGUAUUCAUCUCCGACUGCGACUCCAGCAAAAUGACUCAAAAGUGGGAGAUAAAUAACAUCCAUAGUGUUUAG